AUGUACAGCUUUCAAGAAGCCUCACGAUCCAAAAAGCUGCACAACGGUCGGCUGCCCUCGGCUGUUGAGCAAGAAGAGAACGGUGGUGUGCUAGGUGUACACUCCGGUUUCAAGGCAUCACUCCAACAUCAAAUGUCGCCUCCUUUCCAGUUGAGACGUUUUGUCCAAGAAAUCCCACUGGCAGGUUGUGUUAUUUACAUGCUGUACUUUGGCAAGCGACCCUUCAGCGUGCAUGAAAGCGCAGAGCACCUGGCCAUGAUGGAGAGGCUCACUGAAAGCUGCUUCCCACCCUGGAUGCUUCAGACGGCUCAAGAAUGUCAAGAUGACGAGGCCUCCUAUGAGCUUCUCAUCACGGAGGACAAGAAGCUGGUUUGGCCGGAAGGUCCUGCUGGUGCACGAGUGGAGGCGCUGCGGCCUCUUUCUGCUCAGGUUCUACCACGCCAUAAGACCUUCCUGAGCUUCCUCAAAGGUCUCUUUCAGCUGGAACCUUUGCAGCGGUUAAGGGCGACUCAAGCACAUCAGAUGGAAUUCCUCACCACGGAGGUGCAAGAAUGA